AUGAAAUUUAUUUAUAAAUUUAAAGAAAUGUGUACUCAUUGUCAAUGGACUCCAAUUGCAAUGCCAGAGAUGUAUGGAGUUCUAUUAGGUGAACAUGCGGGUCUUAUCCAUGCUUGCUCUGAUGCAUUGAGACAAUAUUGUGAAAGCCUUUGGUACUCUGGAUUAGAAUACAAACGUCCGACUCAUGAAGAAAUUUUAGCCAAAUGUGGAAUACUCUUCUAUGGGCAACCGAUACCAGUAAAUAUUCUUUAUGCAUUUUACUAUCAACUGGAGAAUUUAUUCGCGAUGAGUAAAGUAAUUCAUUCCAUUCGUACAGUUAUGGAUUGGUUAGAUGCAACAGAAAAUCAUGCCUCAAGAAUAUUAUCAAUAUAUGAAAUGAAUUCACAAUUAAAUCAUUUUGAAGAAACAUUGGCAGAUCAUUUAAAAGCACUGAAGUUAUGUGAUCGUUUAUUGGAUAAUCUCGGUUCAAUUUAUCAUCGUGUACGUCCUUUAAAAAAAGGACAAACUAUUCUAGCUAGAGCUUUAACAGAUUUUGAAUCAAAACAGAUGAAAUGCAAGCUACAUAUGAAUCACUUUUAUAGGAUCACAUCCAAUCAAAAUCCUCAUGCAUGGCAGAUAAGUAAUCCCGGACAUGCAAUUCCGUCACUAUUCCUCGAUGUUUCUACUGAGUUUGGUGAAAAACUAAUUCUCAAACAACUUCAAAAACGAUUUGAAGAAUUCCUAAUCAUGUGUCAUGGUCGUGCUCGUCGUCAACUAUUCUCACGUAUUACAAAAUUAUUGCAUAAUUCUAAACGUUAUUCAACACUUCCUGCAAUGUUUAAACCAAGCGAUUCUCCCGUUUCUUCAAGCGCUCUCUGUGGCUUAUACUUUCCACGUUCACCUGAUCCAGCCAAACGAUGGCGUCCUUCAAACAAUGCUAAAAUAUUUUCUCGUCAACCAGCCUAUUUGGAUUAUGAAAGUCCUCAAGAAGCAUUACUACCUCAUACAAUCCGAAUAUUAUUGACUCGGUUAAGAAACUGGUUACAUCAGUUACCUCCUCCUGGUGUGAUUAUGGACAGUUCAAAGUUGUCAACAUUUAAUUCAAAUAAAUGUCAGCAAAAUAGCUUUAAUUUAAUCCAAGGAAGUAAUGUAGUCAAUGAACUGCGUACAUGGUGGAAGUUCACUCAUAAAACAGUUGAAAAUCGUGAUCAAUUAGAAAAAAUAGUUGCCGAUGCUACUUUUAUAAAAAAAUUGAAUGAUAUUAUGCAAACAAAAAUUAAUACUGAAGUGGAAAAACACGGAAAGCAAUAUGAAUCAAAUAAAAAUCUGACUAAUUCGAGCACAUUUAAAAGCCAUCCAAAGCUUACAAAGGUCCUUGUGGAUGAACUGCUCUCAAGAAUAGGAGCUCAGUUUUAUCACCCACGAUCUGGACAAUUUAGCUAUAGAAGUACUCAACGAGUAAUGGAUGGUAUUGAUAUAGCAUUACCUUAUACAUUUCCUGGAGUACAAAAAUUUGACAGAUUAAUUAAAGAUGGUGAUUAA